CACUUCUCUUUCACCAACACAUAAGCCAAUAAAAUAAAACUACGUCGUUCCAAAACCGUCAUUCCCACUUCUCCAACAACCCAACAAUUCUCUCUCCUCCCCAAACAAUACGCACCACAAAAAUGGGAGUCGCCGUGAACUCCGCCGCCGACGACGCCGCAGUAUCUCUCCUCAACCGCCACACUCCCGGCGGAGAAGCCCCAAAAAGCAUCCCAAAAGAUUCCUUUCACUUUGCUUACAUAAUAUACUUCACACUAGGAGCUGGGUUCCUACUCCCAUGGAAUGCCUUCAUCACAGCCGUUGAUUACUUUGGCUACCUUUACCCUGAUGAGAGCGUUGACCGCAUCUUCGCCGUUGCUUACAUGCUUACUGGACUUUUCUCUCUCCUCGUGAUCAUCUUCUCUCGUCGGAAAUCCGAUGCUAUUGUGCGGAUCAAUACGGGCUUGGGCCUCUUCGUGGUGGCCCUACUUGUUGUACCUCUCAUGGAUUUGUUCUACAUUAAGGGCCAAAGUGGACUUUAUGAUGGAUUUUAUGUUACUGUUGGAGCUUUGGGCCUAUCGGGCCUAGCUGACGCGUUGGUUCAAGGUGGACUUAUUGGGUCCGCCGGUGAGUUGCCGGCGAGGUAUAUGCAGGCUGUUGUUGCUGGCACUGCUGCUUCAGGGGUCCUGGUUUCUUUUCUUAGAAUCUUUACAAAAGCAGUAUAUCCCCAAGAUAUUGAUGGUUUGAGGAACAGUGCAAUCUUAUAUUUUAUCUUCGGGAUUGUACUUAUGAUUAUAUGUGUCGUCUUUUACAAUGUGGCACAUCGACUUCCUGUGAUCAAGUACUACAAUGAGCUCAUAUUACAGGCUGUAAAAGAGGCAAAUGAGGCGAAUGAGGAGAAGGGUUCUUUAUCUGGCCCCGUUUGGGAAAUAAUGGGAAGAAUAAAGUGGCAUGGGAUUGGCAUUGUGGUCAUAUAUAUUGUGACUCUAUCCAUAUUUCCAGGUUUCAUUACGGAAGACGUCCACUCAGCACCACUUGGGGAUUGGUACCCAAUUCUCCUCAUCGCUGGCUACAAUGUUUUUGAUUUAGUGGGCAAGUGUUUGACUUCCAUUUAUCUCCUUGAAAAUGAAAAUGUUGCCAUUGGUGCAUGUUUUGCUCGGUUGCUGUUUUAUCCUCUCUUUUUGGGAUGCUUGCAUGGUCCUCAAUUUUUCAGAACUGAGAUUCCUGUGACAGUGCUGACUUGUCUGUUGGGGCUGACAAAUGGCUAUCUUACUAGUGUUUUAAUGAUCUUGGCUCCCAAAACUGUCCAACUUCAACACUCAGAAACAGCAGGGAUUUUGGUUGUGCUGUUCUUAGUAGUUGGCUUGGCUACUGGUUCUAUCGUGUCUUGGUUUUGGGUCAUCUAAUUGCUUAUCAUAUUAUUACCUGAUACAUACUGUUUGACCUGCUGGUAUGUCACUAUGCCUCAACUUAAAUUUCAUUAUUUGGAGAUCACCAUCAACCCGUGUGUAGUUGGAAAGGGAAGGGGCAGAUCUCUAACUUAUUUCAUGUCUGAUCUCAUCAUAAUAGGUGAGUCAGGGAUGUAUUGUUCAAAUUGUAAAUCCUUGUAAGAUACGUUUCUUUCAUUCCUAAAAGUGUAAUUUUCAGAUAUUUCUCACAAAGUUCUUCAACAUUUUAUGAAAAUCUUUCCCUUUUUAUCUG